CGCACCCGGCAGUGUCUAGCCGGUCGGCGGAGCGCACGCACGUCCGCGCGGUGCCUCAUUCCGCUCGGUCCCACGUUGGGCGCCAUCAAUCUAUACCGCGAUGUCGGCGCGCUCGAGCCGCGUGUCCAAGUAAGCCUUAUCACGUGUGCCACUGUGAGGCCAGUGCUUAGUGAUGGAUCUACUCUAAUUAAUAGUUCAAGUGAUCUGUGUUUACAUAACAAAGAUUUCAGAGGAAAAGUUAAAACAAGAAUUUCUCAAGACCGUCGAUUGAGUAAAACAAACGAAAUAGUGUUUACAAAAGUAACAUAGUGGUAAAGUUAUUACAGUUAGUAACAAUACGAGUGUAGUGGCACGUGAUAUUUUCCCUCUAGAACGGAACUUCACAGAAUAGGAGUCCCCAGUGAUGUAAGAUCACACCCCAGGAUGAAGAUGAAGACGAAAUGAGCGGGCGCCAGUCGGGAGCCGGCGACCAUGAGUCCACCAUGAGCAGCGUCCGCGUUACCAUGACAACGAACAUGCUGCUCUCGCUGCUGCUGCACUGCUUCUGCGUCGCCACUACUGCCUCCAUACCUGGCGGAGGUCUGCCGGGAGUGAGCGGCGGCGACGGCACGCGCCCCGAGCGGCCGUACUUCGACGACGUGUCCCCGCGCAACGUGUCGGCCGUGGUGGGCGCGGCGGCGGUGCUGCGGUGCCGCGCCAAACACAUAGGCAACAGAACGGUAUCGUGGAUGAGGAAACGUGACCUCCAUAUCUUGACGUCCCACAUCUUCACAUACACGGGCGACGCGCGGUUCAGCGUGCUGCACCCUGAACCCUCAGACGACUGGGACCUCAAGAUAGACUACGUGCAGCCGAGGGACGCCGGCGUCUACGAGUGUCAGAUCAACACGGAACCCAAGAUCAACAUGGCUGUCAUACUGACGGUCGAAGAUGAGUCCCUCAUCCCCGCGACCUCGGCCCCGCCCCGCUCCUCAGCUGCGGCGGCGACCAUAUGGGGCUCGCAGGACGUGUACGUGAAGAAAGGCAGCACAAUAUCGCUGACGUGUUCAGUGAAUGUGCACUCGUCGCCGCCAUCCACCGCCUCAAUUUUAUGGUACCACGGCAACUCAGUGGUCGACUUCGACUCCCCCCGCGGCGGCAUCAGCCUGGAGACGGAGAAGACGGAGGGUGGCACGACCAGCAAGCUGCUGGUCACCAAGGCCGCGCUCACCGACUCCGGGAACUACACGUGCGUGCCCAAUAACGCGCACCCCGCCUCGGUGUCGGUGCAUGUGCUUAAUGGCGAGCACCCAGCAGCGAUGCAGACGAGCAACCGCGCGUCGUCCUACCUCACGUCACAGCUGAGCUGUGCCAUCGUCACCUACCUACUCUCGUCCGCCGUCUGCAGAUGAUCGGCCUAGCCGCCGCCAGCCAGGGCUCGGAGCUAAUCAGUUAUAAACCUUACAUUCCAUACAAACAGAGUCUAAUUUUGUUUGAUUGAUGAUAACAGACUGUUGCUUCUAUGAUCUCCCAAAUACAAGCUCAUUUAGAGUCUUGUGUAACAUGGUUCGAGAAACAUUCCUUAAUUUUUGUAACGUUCGACUUCUCUUGAUCUAAUUACGUAACUGGUUAUUUGAUUUGUAUAAUUAAAUGUACAAAUCCUUUCAGCGUAUAAUACAGUUUCAAUAUUGAAACAGGACUUGAUUCUCUUUUACUGGUAGCACAAAUAUCAGUUUAUUUUGGAUAAAUUGACUUCGAGUUAAAAUACUCUUUUGUUAAUAAAGUUGUUUUCAUAUAAUACAUGUUAAAUUAUGUUUUAUAAGAAAAAUAAGAGCUCCAACCCCCGAAACGUUGUAGGAUUAAUAUUAAACUUAAUAAUAGUAUUAAUUUAGGAAAUGUUAUUGAAAUAAUUGUCACUUUUGCAAAAAAUUAAUUUGUGAUCGUAAUGUUACGCGGCAGUAUUAACUUAUUAUUUAUCUAAUUAAUAAAUUAAAAAUGAAAUUUGAUUUCGUGUAAGCUCGUUUAACAAUGCUCAUUUAAAUGUAAAUUUAUUUACAAUAAAGUAAUUAUUUUGCUGAUGACGAAUUAUUAUUGAACAAACAAACUGAAUGUAAAACAUUUUUUGUAAAUAAAGUAAACUAUACGUAAUGAUGUAGAAUAAAUAAAGUUUAUAUCAGAUCGCAUUGUAAAUAUUUCGUAUUGUUGUAAAUACAAAAUAAACGAGUUUAAUACAUAAGAUUGGAUAUUAUAGUACUAGUCGUUCCACCAUUUGAGUGGUGAAAAACUGUUUUCUUAUUUUGUUCUUAGAACAACUUAUUUAAAAUUAUCAAAGCCACUCUUCAUCGGAAAUGGAAAAACAAUGAAGGUAAUAAGAAAGAUUUCAGCGUAACAAUAAUAAUGUUUUCAAUGAUUUGUUUUUAUAACGAAUCUAAUAUCGACUGCGUGCAAUUAAAUAUGUUUACUAACAGGAAAAAUAAAAGUAAAUUAAUUCAAAUCAGAUCACAGCCCUCCUAAUUUUAUUAAAACAUCUCUUUCAACCUCAUGUUCGAUUACUAACACAAAUUACUGGAAUGUUUAUUCCUAAGCAGAGUACACACUAAUUGUUUAAAUUACGCAGCGUGUUCCGUAAAGACUCAAGACUGUGUUUGACGCAAACAAAACCACGCCAACUUCACCCCCACACCCUCCCGCCCCCUCCCUCGUCUCGCCUGAUACGUGAUUCACCUGUGGGUGUUGCAGUGUCAAAUAAGUUUGUGUCGAGAAUUCUAAACAGGCAACUUGGCCAACAAGCCUACAGUGAAACUUCCCCUUUACACGCUUACGCAAGCUACGCCAAGCCUCACCUUCCCAUCAAAGUUUUUCUUUCUCGCAACAAACGUUUAAUAAAUACACAAAUCCCUGUAACUGAUGAGAAGUGGCUUCAAACUGUAAUUACUAGGGAAUAACGACAAAUAAUUAUUAAGAAUCUAUUGACUGUUUUCCACUAAAACUUUUAUGUAUAAACUGAAUUUUCAUCGCAGGUAAUAGAAUUUAAUUUUCAUGUUAAUCUAGAUCCGCACAGAGUCAAUUUACGCUGCGUAAAACGAGACUUAUUAGGUUUACGGCGGACUAAAUUUGGGGUUAUUUAAGGCGGAGUGCCUAAUUGAUUUUGUCGCGCAGCUCGUUACUUACGCGGCGUACAUUGUGCUCUCCGCGAGACGCGACGCGCUGCGGCGUGCGGCGUCACGCAGUGUGACGCGGCGCGACGACUACUGUUGACUUUUUCCAUCUUCUUGUAUACUUGUAAAGUAGUUUAAUACUGAAAUAUUGCGAUAGUACGGUAGCAGAAAUAUACCUAGCUAUGUUCCUUUAAAUAAAGAGUAGUAUGAUGUUAUUAAUGUAAUUCGACGACUAACUUAUUUGUACGGUUGAGAGAACGGGACGUUUUUAAUAGUGGGUAUUCAUGUGAAUGCCCGAUCACUGAUUAUAUUGAAGAGGUUGAUUUUGUUUCUUUUGUAUCUUGUACAUAAAUUGUAAUAAGAAAAAGGGAGUAUUAAUAAAUAUUAU